CGUUAAGUAAUUAACAAACGAUACUUUGAAAUGCACGAAUAUCGCACACAAGCUCAUCGGUACACCGGUUGCUGCUCUGUUCUCUUAAUUACGUGGUACUUCAGAAUUGUUUGCCGUUAGAGCAACACAAUUGGUUUGCUAUACUCACGUUGCACGCAAAUGUAAGAUGGAUAAUACUGAUAGAUAUUUAAAAAAGACCUCUAAAGUAGAGCAGGAGGCAAUGUUCAAGAACAGCAAGCUGCAAAAUAUUGAAAAAAUGCAAUGGCUGAAAGCUACAUCCUAUUCGUCAGAUUUAGAGAAAAGAAAAAAUAUUUCUAAGAAAAUACAUGUUGAUACAACUAAGACAGUGGAUGCGGUUUUAUUAAAAGACAAUAUCAAAGCUGAAGAAUCUGAUGAAAAUUUAUCCAAUGAUUUAGUACCAAAAAGUAAUGAGAACACACAGAAAGAAGAUAUAGAUAUAAUUACUCUGAUUUCAAAUACAAACAAGCUAAUCGAUCAAAAGAAGAAGGAAGACGAGAUAUUAAGUAUUGUAGAAAGUCUUGUAUCGGCACAGGUGGAAGCUGAAUUUUCUGCAGACAAGAAUCAGACAGAUCCAGCGGAUAUGUCGCAAAACAAUGAAACUGUUACAGAGCCUCAAACAGCUGAUCAAGAAGUGACUUCAAUCAAACAAUCUGAUGGCAAUAACAACUCCACAUCUGUAACAGUGUUGCCAAGAAAAGAUAAUGAACAGCAAGCACCUUGCAAAAUAAAUGAUGAUGCAGAAGAUACAAAACCAUCAAUGGAAGCAAAAAACAAAGAUGUACAAAAACAAUUGGGUAGUGUGUCAAAAAUGAAAAACAAAAGUAACACAUCGUUAUCUAAAAUUGGCGAAAAGUCUUCUACUCCUAGUACCAGUUUUAGAAAGACAAUUUUCAACACAUCGAAAUCGCCGCCUGAUCGAUUCAAAACUGUAAAGAGUCACGAUUGCGUGAAGAAACAAGAAUCUCUAAAAUACGAAACAAAGAACACUACUCCAAAAUCAAGCACAGAAAAGAAAAACUGUGAGACAGAAUCGAGUAAAACGGCCGAUGCUCAAAGCAAAAAUAUGGAUAAAGCAGUGCCGAAACAGCAGCAACAUGUGGUUUCAAAACAAUUUAUGUCCAAGUUGAAAGGACAAGAAUCUCACAGAAAAAAUGCACCCACUGUCAAGCAAGCUGUUGAUAAGAAUAAACAAGAGGCAACAACGCCGUUUAAAAAAGAAGAAGAAGCGACUCAAUCAAAAAUCGCCGAUUUGCCUUCAAGUGGAUCUGAGACGAAAGAGGGAAAAACAGUCGGUGAGAAAACGUAUCAAAACAACAGAAAAGCCACUGGUGGCGGUAACAUGAGAAGAGGCACCACGUUUGUUUCGUACAAAAACUCGUAUUUAAGAGUUUCGCAAGGUAAAGAUAUGCCGAGAAAUACCGAUGAAACUGCCGCCACGUACAGAAGAAGCAGUUUGCCGUACACGCCUAACAAUCCGAGAGUUGACAGAUUUAACAGCGGAAACGCUCAACGCAGAGCUAUUGUAAAAAAAGAAUACACCAACGAAUCUUACAAAUCAAAUUCAAGAAUCGAAGAUCGUAGCGCGAACAAUGUAGAAAGUUGCAAGAAACAGCAAAAUGAGGCGUGCGAUCAAUCGAAUCGGAUCAAAUUGGAAUCAAAAAAUUCAGAAUCAUCAAAUGAACAUCGAGUAGAUGCGUCUAAUGUGGAACCUGCGAAAGUCAAGACAGACUUGAAAGAACACGACAGUAUUAACAACGAGAAUACAAAACAAGUAACAGCAUCAGAACAGCGUGAAAAAGUGGUUGAUAAAUCCGAAGUGGUCGAUAAAACUCAGCAAGAUGUAAAUAACGAGAUGAAAAAUAAGGAAACAAAUUCGCCUAGAAAAGCGCAAGUAAACAAGGAAAUCAAAAGUGAAGAAACAAAUUCGCUCAAACAGUCGGUUAACUCGCAUCCCAAUAAGUUCGCUGUAGAAUCGCAAGGCGGUGUGCGGAACGAACAGCCUAUAUCAAAAGUAGGAAACGCGGAAUACGUGAAGGAUGCGAGCCAAUUUGUUGGUAAACCUACGUGGAACGGCCAGACGUACGACAAUACAAUUCAGAGGACCAUAGCGAUGAACGUGCAACAGUCGGUUCAGAACAUGCAGUACAGUUUGCAGCAAGAAAGAAAUCAAAUGAGAUCGUUGUAUCAACCGUCACCGUGGGACUCAAGCUGCGACAAGGUUCAACAGUUUCCCAACAACAACGUGCGAUAUUCGCAACUGCCCAAUACUGCUUUCGACACGACGCAGUACGAAUACAACGGCAUGCAGGCGGCGUUGUGCGACGACGGUGCCGUCAACGCGCAAUCCAUGCUGAUGCCUAUGAUGGGCGUGAAUGUGGAACAAGAUCCAAACAUGAUGUACAGAUACGAACCGAGCUUGCAGCAACGACCUGUCACGGCGAGUUCGAAUUUUUCCGGACUUCAAAUGGACGAAGCCAGCAGAUGGAGCCCUUCGGUGCACAACAGGCAUCUGUACGUUCAAGUCGAUCAGUCGUACAACUCAGUCCCUGCUCAACAUACGUACAAUUCAACGUCCAGUGAACAGUCGUACAAUUCAACACCCGAACAUUCGAUGCAUGUUUACAACACCGACUUCAACGGGAUGUACACCACGCAGGCGACGAAUUGCAUGCCGCACUCGAUGAUUUACACGCCUACUCCGUGUAUGCAACCGUGGAAUCCGCAGUUGCAGUAUUCGAUACCCGUUUUCUACGCCUCCCCGUGCGCGAAUUACGCCAUGGUACCCGCGACUGUUAAUCAGUUGAGUAACUUCGACAAUAUCGGACCCGCGCACGAUCAAUUCAAAUACGUUCCUUACUCGCGUACAAAUAAUUACGCCAAAAACGCGCACGACGACGUGAACAAUUGCGCUGUGCAAAUGAGAAACAACACUGCCGACAAGUCCAAUCAGUAUUAUAAACAGUGUCAUGACAAUUGUCGAUUUGUUUAUGACACUCCGCCACCGAUGUCGCAUUCCAGAUCGCAAGAUACGAAUUGCACGUCCGCAACAUUAGGCGCGACGCACCAAUGCAACGCGUAUCGUUCGACGAAUCAGAGAUAUCACAGGCAGAACACGACCAAUUUGAGGAAGCAGAUGCAGGAUCUCGGCUGCGACGACAAGGACUCCGAGGACAUCCCGCCGAUUAUUUCGCCGAAAGAGUUCGUGACGAGAAGCGAGUUCGCGCCACGAACGUAUAACCAGGAUCAGUUCAGGAACGUGGGAUGUCACACGCCGCAGCUGCAAAAGUACAACGGCGGCGGUUUGCGCAGAAACGCAUCUCUCCACAAUUUUUCGAGAGAAUACACAUCAUCCGUCAGUAUUGGCCGCGGUAGGAACAAGAGAGUAUAAGGUAUAAAAAAAAAAAAUAAUAAUAAUGCGAGGUUUAUGUUAAAAGAAAAAACAAAAAAAACCGUAGGUUACGCUGUGAUAUAAAUUUUGGAUAUAUAUAUAUUAUAUAUAUAUAUGUAUAUGUAUUUGUGUGUGUACGU